ACACCACACACCUGACCCUCGGCGCCAAGCCAUACACCACACACCUGACCCUUGGCGCCAAGCCACACACCUAACCCUUGGCGCCAAGCCAUACACCACACACCUGACCCUCGUCGCCAAGCCACACACCUAACCCUUGGCGCCAAGCCAUACACCACACACCUGACCCUCGUCGCCAAGCCACACACCUAACCCUUGGCGCCAAGCCAUACACCACACAUCUGACCCUCGGCGCCAAGCCACACACCUAACCCUUGGCGCCAAGCCAUACACCACACAUCUGACCCUCGGCGCCAAGCCUCACACCUGACCCUUGGCGCCAAGCCAUACACCACACACCUGACCCUCGGCGCCAAGCCACACACCUGACCCAUGGCGCCAAACCACACACCUGACCCAUGGCGCCAAGCCACACACCUGACCCUUGGCGCCAAGCACACCAAGAACUAAAUGAAGUACUGUUGGCGUCGUGAUAUAAUUUUACAGGUUAUAUAAAAGUUUUCAAGAUAUGGAAGAUGCAAGAUAUAAGGUAUACAAAUAGUGUGUGUAUACCUCUACCACUUGUCACUAAGCAUACCGCCACAACAUGUCAUGUGUAUGAUGAAUGUAUAGUGACUUGUGGUGUAUUAUGAAGACUAAGAUCUCCAUCACAACCCGGAAAAUGAGGCUUUAAACUCAUGUUUUUCUAUGUAUGUUUAUAAAUAAAUACAAUCACUUUAUAAUAACUAUAUAAAUUAAUAACAGCAAUCAGACAAUUUUAGAGGCAUUAAUUGAGGCAGUAUACAGUUUAGUUGUGGUAGUUAGAGGGAGUUAAUAGAGUAAUUAAGGGGGAAUGAGACGGGUCGGCGGCGGCCACGUGAACAGAUCUGUCUCCUGCUGCUGCUUCUGCUGCUGCUUCUUCUGCUGCUCCUGCUGCGUCUGCUGCUCUCACUGGCGGGACGAUGGGCAGGCCCAAGGACAGGAAGGUGGAGGAGCAGCGGAGGGCGAGGCUGAGGAAGCCGCUGCAGGAGUCCAUGAAGGAGCUGGAGAGGAAAUACGAGCUGGCGCUGGGCCAAUGGCGGAGCCUGGCGGAGCAGGUGCAGACCACGGAGAUGAGUCGCAUAACUUUACUGAAGAAUGCUGUCUCUCUUCCCAAACGACUGCCCAAAACGCAUGAUGUAUGUGAAGGUGAGAAAAGUACUUUUGAUGAAGCCAGCAGAGGUAACAAGAGUGACGAGCUGUCAUUGUCGCAGGAGAGACUGACAGCCCUCAGGCAACUGGGUGCGGAGAAGGCAGAGGUAGAGGCCUUGAAGAGUGUCUUGGAGGAGAGGAAGAAGGAGCUUGUAAUCACUAAGGAGAGGAAGGUUCAGCUGCAGCAGCAGUUGGCUCAGCUCCUACAGAGGAAGGAGAACGCCAGGAUGUGUACCUUGGAGGUCAAGGAUGCAUCUCAGAGACUGAAACCCAUUCUGGAAACUGUUCAAAAAACACUGGGUGCGAAUGAUGAGUUACUGGAGAAACUCAACCAAAAGACUGUGAAGCUACGGGAGGUUGCUGGCCACAUCCAGCUGGCUGAUCUACAGAAGAACGACCUCAUCCAAAGGCUCCAGACAGUGAAUAACAGCAUCAAACACCUAGAAAAUAGGAAGGCUAAAGCAUUGGAGAAGUGGAGGAAGCUCCAGGAGAGGGAAAUGAAAGCUGAGACAAAAUGUAAAUCUCUCUGGGAAAAACUUUAUGCAGACAGGAAGUCACAAGUGGUGGAGUUCGACGACAUGUAUAAAACACUCUGGGCGCAUGUAGAGGAUUGCGUCGGGUUUUGUGACAAAAUAUUAGAGAUCACCAAGUCCGAAACCGAGACUUUUCAACUGAACACUUUGCCCGCUGCUGAUGUUGGCGCACCCACAACUGGGGCCCAGGCGUCAGCCCUGACACCUUCAUACAGUAAGGUAGUGGGCAUGACAGAGCUUCCCAUCCUUUCUAAAGGGUUUACUGUAUGGCUUCCUCACAACACCGUCUCUUCUCCAGCGGCUACUAGCAACAAAGGCCCUCUACCAAAUGCUGGUCAUAAAGAUUAUCAUCCACCUGUCAUUGACCUCAAAAACUCUCCAUCGCCUGUCAUUGACCUCAGAAACUCGCCAUCACCAGUCAUUGACCUCAGAAACUCGCCAUCGCCUGUCAUUGACCUCAGAAACACUCCAUCGCCUGUCAUUGACCUCAGAAACUCUCCAUCGCCUGUGAUGAAUCAGAGAAACUCCCCAUCAGUAGCCACCGACAAGAUCAAUAAACCAGGGGCUGGUCUGACAAAUACGGCUCCACCAGUUACUGCCCAAGAAGACCAUCAUCGACCAGUCCCUCAUUCACCAGGCAUUAGUCAAAGGAAGGAUACUUUAUCAGUGACCGGCCAGGGCGAUUCUGUUCAACCAACCACUGUAAACAGAGACCCACUGUCAGAGGUCACUUGUCAGAGAGAUCAACCUCCGCCAAUCACUGGUAAGAGAAACCCUGCUUCACCAAUCACAAGUCAAUGUACGACUCUUCCACCAAUCACUAGUCACCGGUAUCCUUUUGUACCAGUCAUUAUUAACAUAGAUCUGCCUUUAGUUGCUGAUCAGAGAUGCCCUCCUUCACCAAUGAGCGAUCACAGAGAAUCUCAUCCACCAAUCAGCGAUCACAGAGAACCUCCUCCACCAAUCAGCGAUCACAGAGAAUCUCCACCACCAAUCAACGAUCACAGAGAUUCUCCACCACCAAUCAGCGAUCACAGAGAAUCUCCACCACCAAUUAGCGAUCACAGAGAAUCUCCACCACCAAUCAACGAUCACAGAGAAUCUCCUCCACCAAUUAAUGAUCACAGAGAACCUUCACGAACCAUUGAUCAGAGAAGCUCUCCUACACCAAUCAUUGAUCAUAGGACUUUUCCACAUGUGACUAGUCACAAUGGCCCGUCUCCACCAAUCACUGACCAGAAAGAACCUCUACCAGUUACUGACCAUAGGUACCUUCCACCAACCAUUAAUCAGAGAGACUCUCCUCCAACCAUUGAUCAAAGAGAUCCUCCACCAACCAUUGAUCAAAGAGACCCUCCACCAAUCAGUGAUCAAAGAGACCCUCCACCAACCAAUGGCCAGAAAGACCCUUCACCAACCAUUGAUCAAAGAGACCCUCCACCAACCAUUGACCAGAAAGACCCUUCACCAACCAUUGAUCAAAGAGACCCUCCACCAACCAUUGACCAGAAAGACCCUUCACCAACCACUGAUCAAAGAGACCCUCCACCAACCAUUGAUCAAAGAGACCCUCCACCAACCAUUGACCAGAAAGACCCUCCACCAACCAUUGACCAGAAAGACCCUCCACCAACCAUUGACCAGAAAGACCCUCCACCAACCAUUGACCAGAAAGACCCUCCACCAACCAUUGACCAGAAAGACCCUCCACCAACCAUUGAUCAGAAAGACUUAAAUGUUAUAGCCAGUAGGCUGAGAGAGUUCACUUUACAAGCACUGGGUCUGAAGCAGAGGUCACCCGAGGCAUUCCCUAGUGGUCCAGGAGACGCUACCUCGCUAACCACUGGUCAGAGAGACCUUUCUUCACUGACCGCUGGCUUGGCAGAGCUUACUACCUUAAUCACUGGUCAGAGAGACCGAACAUCAUUCAUUUCUGGUCAUGGAGACUUUACUUUCUUAGCCUCUAGUCAGGGAGGUCUUUCAUCACCAACCAUUAGUAAAGGAGGCCCUUCUACCCCAACUAUUAGUAAAGGAGGCCCUUCUACACCAAUCACUAGUAAAGGUGGCCCUUCUACACCAACCACUAGUCAGGGAGGCCCUUCUACACCAACCACUAGUCAGGGAGGCCCUUCUACACCAAUCACUAGUAAAGGUGGCCCUUCUACACCAACCACUAGUAAACGACGCCCUUCUAAACCAACAAUUAGUCAGGGAGGCCCUUCUACACCAACCACUAGUCAGGGAGGCCCUUCUACACCAACCACUAGUCAGGGAGGCCCUUCUAUACCAACCACUAUUAAAGGAGGCCCUUCUACACCAACCACUAGUAAAGGACGCCCUUCUAUACCAACAACUAUUCAGGGAGACCCUUCUACACCAACAACUAGUAAACGACGCCCUUCUACACCAACCACUAGUAAAGAUGGCCCUUCUACACCAACCACUAGUCAGGGAGGCCCUUCUACACCAACUACUAGUAAAGGAGGCCCUUCUACACCAACCACUAGUAAAGAUGGCCCUUCUACACCAACCACUAGUAAAGAUGGCCCUUCUACACCAACCACUAUUAAAGGAGGCCCUUCUACACCAACCACUAGUCAGGGAGGCCCUUCUAUACCAACAACUAGUCAGGGAGACCCUUCUACACCAACAACUAGUAAAGGACGCCCUUCUACACCAACCACUAGUAAAGAUGGCCCUUCUACACCAACCACUAGUCAGGGAGGCCCUUCUAUACCAACCACUAGUCAGGGAGGCCCUUCUACACCAACCACUAGUAAAGGAGGCCCUUCUACACCAACCACUAGUAAAGGAGGCCCUUCUACACCAACCACUAGUAAAGAUGCCCCUUCUACACCAACCACUAGUAAAGGACGCCCUUCUACACCAACCAUUAGUAAAGGAGGCCCUUCUACACCAACCACUAGUCAGGGAGGCCCUUCUACACCAACUACUAUUAAAGGAGGCCCUUCUACACCAACCAUUUGUAAAGGAGGCCCUUCUACACCAACCAUUAGUAAAGGAGGCCCUUCUACACCAACCAUUAGUAAAGGAGACCCUUCUACACCAACCAUUAGUAAAGGAGACCCUUCUACACCAACCACUAUUAAAGGAGGCCCUUCUACACCAACUACUAGUCAGGGAGGCCCUUCGUCACCAAGCUCUUGUCAGAGAGGUCCAUCUCCGUCAACUACUAACAAUGAGGUCAUUCACCACUAACCAUUAGUUAGGGGGGG